AUGUCAUUUCAGUAUCAAACCCUUAAUCAAACACUUUCGCUUAAACUCAAAGUCACCACCUUAUUGGAUCAAGAGAUAGUUGGGUUUAUUUAUACAUUUUCAUCUUCCAAUGAAGUACUAGUUUUAAUAACUAGCAAUAAUAUAGAUCAAGUCAAACACGACUCAUCAUUGACAUCAUCAUCAUCAUCAUCACCGCCACCACCAGCAAAUCAAAAAAACACAUACCGAAUUAUCAACACGUCCUUUAUUAAAAGCAUACAAGUUUUGAACGCACCCCCUUUGAGAAAGGUAAUACCUAAACCUAACAAGAGUGACAGACUUGUAAUUGAACCAAUUAAUGUGGACGAUUUGGACCAAUUUUUACAAGAACAAAUUCAAACUUAUAAAGUUUCUCCAGUUGGUAUUAUUUCCACCUCAAUAACAAAAGAGCCAACAUCGCAUCACGGCUCAUCGAAACUGCACAAGAGUACACCCACCACACAACCAACUCAACAACAGCAUACACAACCAACUUCACCGACUCAGAAUCACCCACAUCGUCAUCAGCAUAACCAAAAAUCAAUCACAUCUCAACUACACGACAAAUUACUGGCGUGGUUUGGCAACGAAAAUGUCACUUAUGGGAAUCAAAAACAUACAGAGAUUAUCAUACACAACGAUAUCAAGUUAAUUAAACCUUUUACCAAUACACAAAAAAAUGUACAAGUGUUAAACAAACAGACCAAGCAUUUGCCAGCUUUGAAUCGAGCUUUAAAACAAUUCUGGGACGGUAUAGAUAACGAAAAAAAAGGUGGAUAA